GCCCGCCCGCCCCGCCAUGGACCAGGACUACGAGCGGCGCCUCCUGCGGCAGAUCGUCAUCCAGAACGAGAACACGAUGCCCUGCUUAAGGUCACAUCCCAAGUACCAGGGGUCAGGACUUCAUAUCCUUUUGGGGGACACAGUUCAACCUACAGCAGAUCCUUUUUGAAGAAGACAUUCCUGGGACGUUCCCACUGCCUGGCUGCAGGCUAGGGUUGUGGUCCGAUGGGGGAAUAGCCUUGUACGCGGGGAACGGGGUGGCGGGACGGCAGGUGCUCAGUGUCGGGGCACAGGUGCUCUGUCCUGUGCUGUCAGCGCUCCCGUCCGCUGGUGACUGCUGAGACACGGAUCUCGGCCCGUGGUGGGGCCCACGCUCGGGCUCGCGCUCUCCGACCUCUUCCCGUCCACGGAGCCGGACGGUCGAACGGAGCCCCCGACGUGGUGCCGCUGGCAGGUUCUGACACGUGGGUUACUGCCAAGAGCAAACCCUCAUCCAGGGGCCGGAGGCCAAGGGCAAGGAGGUCGCAGAGAUGCGGCGAACCCUGACACCUGCCAACUCCCCGGUGUCCUCCCCCAGCAAGCACGGGGACCGCUUCAUUCCCUCGAGAGCCGGCGCCAACUGGAGCGUGAACUUCCACAGGAUCAACGAGAAUGAGAAAUCCCCCAGCCAAAACCGGAAAGCCAAGGACGCCACCUCGGACAACGGCAAAGACGGCCUGGCCUACUCGGCUCUGCUGAAGAACGAGCUGCUUGGCGCUGGCAUCGAGAAGGUGCAGGACCCGCAGACAGAGGACCGCAGGCUGCAGCCGUCCACGCCCGAGAGGAAGGGCCUCUUCACGUACUCCCUCAGCACCAAGCGCUCCAGCCCCGACGACGGCAAUGACGUGUCUCCCUACUCCCUGUCCCCCGUCAGCAACAAAAGUCAGAAGUUGCUGCGGUCACCACGGAAGCCCACCCGCAAGAUCUCCAAGAUCCCCUUCAAGGUCCUGGACGCCCCCGAGCUGCAGGACGACUUCUACCUGAACCUGGUGGACUGGUCGUCCCUCAACGUGCUCAGCGUGGGGCUGGGCACCUGCGUGUACCUGUGGAGCGCCUGCACCAGCCAGGUGACCCGGCUCUGUGACCUCUCCGUGGAAGGGGACUCGGUGACUUCCGUGGGCUGGUCUGAGAGGGGGAACCUGGUGGCCGUGGGCACGCACAAGGGCUUCGUGCAGAUCUGGGAUGCGGCCGCGGGGAAGAAGCUGUCCAUGCUGGAAGGCCACACGGCACGCGUCGGGGCGCUGGCCUGGAACGCCGACCAGCUCUCAUCCGGGAGCCGGGACCGCAUGAUCCUGCAGAGGGACGUGCGCACGCCGCCCCUGCAGUCGGAGCGGCGGCUGCAGGGCCACCGGCAGGAGGUGUGCGGGCUCAAGUGGUCCACAGACCACCAGCUCCUCGCCUCGGGGGGCAACGACAACAAGCUGCUGGUCUGGAACCACUCAAGCCUGAGCCCCGUGCAGCAGUACACGGAGCACCUGGCGGCCGUGAAGGCCAUCGCCUGGUCCCCGCACCAGCACGGGCUGCUGGCCUCUGGCGGCGGCACGGCCGACCGCUGCAUCCGCUUCUGGAACACGCUCACGGGGCAGCCGCUGCAGUGCAUCGACACCGGCUCCCAGGUGUGCAACCUCGCCUGGUCCAAGCACGCCAACGAGCUGGUGAGCACACACGGCUACUCGCAGAACCAGAUCCUGGUCUGGAAGUACCCAUCCCUGACCCAGGUGGCCAAGCUGACCGGGCACUCGUAUCGGGUCCUGUACCUGGCCAUGUCCCCUGACGGAGAGGCCAUCGUCACUGGUGCUGGAGACGAAACCCUGAGGUUCUGGAAUGUCUUUAGCAAAACCCGCUCGACAAAGGUAAAGUGGGAAUCCGUGUCCGUUCUCAACCUCUUCACCAGGAUCCGGUAAAGCCGCAGCCGCGCUGUCCUGGCUCCGGAGCGCCCCCUCUCGGCGUGCACGGACCCUUCCCUCCUCUGCCGAGGAGGACAGGCAGCCGGGGUGGGCGGGAGCCGGGCCUGGAGAGACCCUGAAGAUUCUAUUAAAGCCUGAUUGCGAACCCUGUCAGCCGGUGUUUGGGGCGGGGCCGGGGUCAGGCAGCAGCAGGAGUGGGGGCCCCGGCUCCCUCCACCCUGGGCCGCCCCGGCUCGGACCACUGGGCUCGGACCGUGGGAUGGACGCCUCCUGGACCCCGUCUCUUCCAUCCGGGUCCAUCACCAUCGCGGCCUCAUCAGGGCCGCAUGCUCCGCACGGAAGCCUGUGCCCGCCGCCGCCCACACCUGCGACGGGACAGACAGCUGGACGCCAGGCCCGUCGGCCGGGGAGGACCCAGCAGGAGGACGGCUCAGGGCGAUCCGAGGGACGCUGGCGGUUUCUUUGAGCCACCUCUGCUCUCCCUGCCCUGGCAGCCACCCAGGCAGACCACGCGCCAGAGGAGGUCCUCGAGGCGGACUUGUUGUCCGAGGAAGACUGCAGGGGCAUCUGUUUGCCGUCUCGUGCUCGCCCCAGCCGAGCUGUCCUUGUCGCUCUCGGGGUCACAGCUGACUGUGCUUCGUGCAGCUUGCUGGGCGGCGGGUCAGGGUAACCUGAGGGCAGAAGGGACCCCGAGGGUCUGGCCCUCCUCCCCACCUCUUCCCCUCCAGGCCACCCUAACGGGUCCUGUCCGUCUGCACCUUCAGCCAGACGAGGGGCACCCAAGGGUUCCCCCAGAGGCUUCCUGAGCUUCCCUGACCCUGGACCCUCCUCCCUGUCCUCUGCCCUGUCCCUGGCUGCACCCGGAGAAGGCGCAGGAGGGAGGUGGGGCCGGUGUGGCCAGGGGCCUGAGCAGCCGCCCUGGCCCUCCUCCCCUCCCCUCCCUCCCUCUCCCCUUCUCAGGUCGGAGGACACGGAUGGACGUGGACAGGGCGGAGCAGGCCUGGGCAGGGCGGGGGUGCAGUGUGGCCGGGGAAGGCCCCACCCUGCUUGUGAGCCUUCCGCUCCCCGCAGCUGGCCACGUGUGCGUGUGUAUAUAUGUAUCUGUGACUUUCCUUUGGAUUUGUUUUUGUGUUUGUAAAUCAGUCCCGGAAAUGUUAAGGCUGGCUGGAGGGGAGCAGUGGCCCACCCCCUACCCCUCGCGGAGACGGAGGUCGCAGCUCUUAAGGUCCUCUUACUCGGAGGGGCGGGCGGCUGAACUGUCCUGAACGUGGGGAGAGGCGGGCCCCACCUCCCGCCCGUCUCGGCGGCUGCUCGCUGGGGACAGGCAAGGCGCGGUGUUCGUAGACGUGUGUAUCCCGACUGGGCGAGAUCUUAUUUUUGUUUGCGUUUUUUUUUU